CUCACUGGAAGUAGCACUGCACAGUCUACAAUUGGCUUGUUUCCCAAUAUAGAUAUCAGUUUGUGGUACGAUUACGUGAAAUACUGGGGGAAAAUGUCAGCAAUAACAUCAACCAUUUUUCGAGGACUUUUGGUCAUGGCCGUUGUUAUGACAGGUCUGGCAGACGACCCAAUUGUGAACACAACGCACGGCAAGAUCCAAGGUAUCACAAAGGUAAUUCUUAAUAAGACAAUCAACAGUUACUAUGGGAUUCCUUUCGCCAAGCCACCGGUGGGUAGUUUACGUUUCAAACGACCAGAAACAGUGCCUGCAUGGGGAGACCAAACAGUGGAUGCGAGAGUUCCUAAAAAAUCUUGCAUGCAGUCGCAUGGUAAAAGCCGUUAUUAGUUACGAUUUGAUGAUCAAAAUAAUAGCGAAGACUGUCUGUACCUUAAUAUCUGGACUCCAACUACCAAAGUGAGGAAUCUAACCACCCUUGUUUGGGUGCACGGGGGCGGUUUUGUCUCGGGUUCUAUUAAUCGUCCAGUGCACCAGGGACACUAUCUAGCUGCUGCUAAUGACGUCAUAAUAGCGUCUAUCAAUUAUCGUCUGGGUGCAUUUGGAUUCUUCUACACUGGAAGUGACUCUGCUCCAGGUAACCAAGGCAUGCUAGACCAGGUGUUAGGUCUAAAGUGGAUUCACGACAACAUAGACAGAUUUGGAGGAGAUCCAAAAAGGAUCACUUUGUUCGGUGGGACUGCUGGAGCAGGUUCGGUGAACCACCAUCUACUUUCACCUCUGUCCCGACACCUCUUGCAGUUCGCUAUCUUAGAGAGUGGAGCAGCUCUAGCCAAAUGGGCAUCCGUAGAUGCGAACUCUAUGGAAGCCACAUCUACAGGUCUAGCAAGACGUUUACGAUGUCCUGCUAUUAAUAAAGCAGCCAUGAUUUCGUGCAUAUUGAAACUUGAUGCUCAGAAGAUUGCCAACAACCACCUGUACUCGUUGAGUCUACCAAACCCAGCUCCAUGGGCGCCGAUUGUUGAUGGCUACUUCCUACCAUCGCAUCCAGAACAGAUGCUUCAGCAGGGGAACGUGAAAAACACGAGUAUCAUAAUAGGGCUCAAUAAAGAUGAAGGAUCCUUGUUUAUUCACGGACCCUUUAACAAAACUGGAUUCAUGGAUGUUGCCAACGCUGUAGGAAAAUCAUACGGAGACAUCUCCAUUGUCCCAGCUAUUGUGAACGAGUACGAAAUGUCCACAGUGCCAUCGCUUCGUCCGAGUUACUACACUCUCACAGAAAACCUGUUUGGUGAUUUUCAUUUCAAGUGUCCAGUGACAUCCUUUGCAGAGGCUUUUUCCGCGAUGGGCAACAAGGUGUUUAUGUACUACCUGGAACACAGAUCUGCUCUUUGUCCCUACCCUGAAAACACGGGCGUUGCACACACGUAUGAUCUGGAACUGGUGUUUGGGCAUCCACUGAACAACAGUCUGGAGUUCUCCAACGACGAUAAGUGGAUCAGUGAACAAAUCACGCAUUACUGGACUAGCUUUGCGAAAACAGGUGAUCCAAAUAAUGCACAAAACCAGACAAUUUGGCCCGUGUACGACAAUAAUGAAAUGAAGCACAUUGUUCUGAACAAAACCAUGUCAACUGGACAGGGUCUACGUUAUAGAGCAUGCAUGUUUUGGGAGAAGACCGUAAAGCUACUGACGAAAACCAAAGCCACCAAUGAGCGUUGUGCCACGAGCCGUGCUCAACCAAUGAAAGGAAGCAUUCCAGUACUGUGCAUCCUGUUUGGACUUUUGUUUGCAGUAAAACGUACUUGAUAAUUGGAA